AUUGAAUUGAAUUGUAUAGGGUAUCUGUGUGGAUAUACAUCUAAUGAAUCUAGAUAUGUAGAGAUGAAGACUACCUGAUUUUCAGAUCAAAUCUGUAUUAGACAAUAAGGUAUAGUAGUAGCGACCGUAAAAGACACAUCGUGUCUAUGCUGAAAUCCAAGCCAAACAAAAACCCCCAAUAUUCCAUUCCGUAUAUGCUCCGCUCAAUUGCAACGGGUAUCAGCUCCUUCAUGGUCAAUUUCACCGGACAGAUAUGUAAAAGCCCGAGCCAAUUAGCUACUGAUCGUAGCUACCCCCCCGAGAAAGCAAAAGAAAGGAAAUACUCUAAGAAAAAGGACAAAGAAAAUGAAACGAUUGCCCGCUGCGAAUAUUGCCCGGGCCCCUUAAACAAGGAAUGCCACGGAAACGCAGAAAAAAACUCGAAACAUGUCACAACCAGUUGGUAUCUGAAGAUUCAUGGCAAAAGAAAAGAAAAUCAAAACAAAAACCCUAGUCUAAGCGAGAGGAAGAAGAAUCACCAUCCGGAAAACAACCAGUACCUCUAUGGUCAUAACGUGGGGAAUCAAGAGACAUCAUUGCAAAUCCCCGUUGCCCCUGUGCCGUGUCCUGCCAAUCCAUGAUAUACUGAAAAGCACAAAGUAAAAAAAAAAAAAA